GGCAGCUUCUCUCUUUUGUCAUCUUUGCUGGGUUAGAGUAGUUUGAGGGUAGAGGGUUUGAGUAGCCCUUUGCAUGGUUAAAACGCAUUUAUAUCUAACUGAUUUUGGUGAAUAUUUCACCUGAUUUGUGUCUUCUGUUUAGUCUGUUGAUUUGUUUUCAUGUGUGUUGAUUGAAAUCACGUUGAAAAUGUUUGCAAGUUGAAAGUAAUUUGAGACUCGCGUGAGAACCUUUACAUGCAAUUUAACCAAAGAGUUUUGUUAAGCUUAAACUGCAACUUCAACUGUUAGUAAUGGAGUCGAAGCAAAGUGAAAAUUAUUUGCUUUUGCCUUUUUUGUCAUCAGUAACUUUGACCAAAUACUGACUUGAGCGAUACUUUGGAUAUUUUGGUUCUUCCCUCAAAUUCAAUGUUGUUUUUAAUCAGUUUUUAUCAGUGUUAAAAUCUUCCAAAAAAGGAUAGAAACCAGAUUUUUAUUAAUUAUUAUUGUUAAUUAAGUGUAAGAUUUGUUUAAUAAUUCAACUCUUGUUGUCAGUUAACUUGUGGUGGGAAAAUUAACAAAGAAGCCAAAAGUGUUAACGUUUAAAUCAAUUUUGUGUCUCUUCUAUUGGUCAUUAUUUAACCGAUUACCAAGACAUUUUAUUAAAAAUGAAAGGUCUCGGUCUCUUCUUGGAGAAUAAGGAGAAUCCAAUUGAUGAUUUUACUGCUCCAAUUUGGAAAGGGAUUGAAUCAGCCUUAGGAGCAGCACAGUUAGCUCGAGAACCUGGUAAUGAACCGUCAUUAUAUUCAUAUGAAAAAGACACCAAAGCAGCUGAUGAUUUUGAUUUUACAAUCGACUCUAUCCCAAGAAAAGAUGAUGGAUUUUGUUUCACCGUUUCUCUUCACGACGCAGUAACGUUAGAUGUAACUAAUCCGAUCACAAUGAUCCUUGGUUAUCCAAAAGAUAUGCUUAAAGGCCAAUGUAUUCUUAAUUAUUUAUAUCCUCGAGAUCGUUUGACUUUUGCAAACCAUCUUUCACAAAGACUUCAAUCUCGAUUUGCGGCUAAAGAUCCAAAUAAUGACGAGAAGAUUGUAUUUUAUGUUCGCAUUCGAGAAUACAAGACUCUUUCUGGUGGAUUUGGUGUUGUUGAACGUAAAUGUGUUUACAAACCCUUUCAAUUGACUUGUGUGGUUAAAGAUAUCAUUCUUGGUAAACAAGACAACCCAAAGCCUGCUAAUGAAGAAAUCAGUACAAUUUGUUUGGUUGCUUCAGCUUCGCCUAUUCUUCCAGCUCUUAAAGUUCCAAAUGAAAAAAAUCCAGCAAUGACUCCUUUCUCGUCUCGUCAUACAUCUUCAUGCCAUUAUUCACAUAUUGAUACUUGCAGUAUACCUUAUUUGGGUUACCUUCCACAAGAUAUUGCUGGUUAUUCUAUUUUUGAUUUCUACCAUCAAGAUGAUUUACACUUAAUACGUGAAAUAUAUGAAUUAAUUGUCCGAGAAGAAGGUUCAUCAUUUCGCUCCAAACCUUAUCGGUUUCGCGUUUUCAAUGGCGAUUACAUUACGCUUGAAACAGACUGGUCAUCAUUUAUUAAUCCAUGGUCUCGACGAUUGGAAUUUGUUAUUGGUCACCAUCGAAUAGUCGAAGGACCAUCCAAUCCAAAUGUUUUUCAUGAAUCUGAGCAGAAAGCUCGCUUUGAAAACCUGAAGAAACAACGUCUACAAGAAGAAAUUCGUAAUAUGCUUUCCAAACCAAUUAAACAGUUUUAUGGUAAAUUGAAAGCUAAUAAACGUAAACGUAAUCUAGCAGCCUUCGUAUCAAAUAUUAUUGAUGGUAUUGAGGUUGCCUCUGUUACUGGUCAGGAAUGUUCUUGUUCUGAUAAAGAGUCCGUUGUCAUGGGAGCCAUUUCCCCUCAUCAAGAUGAUUCUGAUAUAUCUUCUGAAACACCUGUAUCAAUCCAACAAAUGAGAUUGCAAGAUAAUAUAGAAAGAUUUUUUGCUUCUCAACCAAAAACAAACUGUGCUCCAUCUUCAUCGGAACAAUCAGCUACAACAACGCAAAACAACUCACCUUAUGGAUCAGAUUCAAAUGAUGGUUCACAAAACUUAAAAAAAACUUGUAACUCAAUGGAUUCAGGGAUUAAUGGAACUUCGUCAAUUUCCUUUGACGCAACCAAUAAUGUCGUUAAAACCGUACCUGAGCCAAACAGUGGAACUUCAGACCCAGCAAAUAACGGUUCCACCUCCAAACCUAAGAAGCCUGAACAAUGGGAAAAUACUGUCUCAAGUGGACCAGUUAACUCUAAUUGUGUUUCAUUGACAGAAGAGGUUUUAUCACAUCACAAUAAAAUUACGUCCAAAAGAAUGAUCAAAUUAACUGCAUCAGGAGGCACAAAGAAUCAAAAGAAAAUGGAAACAUCCAAAUUUAAGAGAACCGCUUAUAAUUCAGGCGAAUCUAUUGUGCAUACUAAACCUAAGCAAGCCUGUUUCCACACCGAAUCAAGAUGUAAAUUCAAUUCAAAUGGCAGAUCAGCACAUCAUAAAGAUAUUCCAACCCCAUUUUCAGGAAUCAAUGUAUCUGGACAUGAAGCAAUACCUGCAACUUGGCCUCUUGGUUUUCCAGUUGUUUUUAAUCAAGCUUUAACACCAACAGAACUUCACAGGUCUUUUUCAUAUUCUAGACAAACGUCUAUUAAACCACAUGUGCUUAUGGCUCCAGUAAUGUAUUUAACUGCAUCACCGUUGACAAUUUAUCACGGUUCAACUGGUGAAUCUUCGGGGGUUGGUGGAUCUGGUGGAUCAAGUGCUCUUGGUGGCUCUGGUGGCUCGGGCGGUGAUUUAGGUGGUGGUUGUUGUGGUGAGGGUAAUAGAGGUCAAUCUUGUCAUCAUAACUCAACAACUGGAAAGCGAAACGUUAAAUUGCAAGUGGACUUGUAUAACAGAUUCAGCACAUCGGAUAAUAAAGGAAUUAGCUCAAACAAAAAGCACAAACAAUUUGACUCUUCUGAUAUCACACAGGCAGUUCAAAUGUCAGCUGAAAAUUCGGAUGGAACUUUCUCUCUGUCUGAGGAAACUUCUGACUAUUCGGUUUCCCAUAAAGGGCACGAUAAUUGUACUCCAAGACAAAUUUUAACAAUUUGUAAAGAUUCUGGUGGAUCUCCAGCUGACAGUUCAUGUGAUUCUAAUUUCAAAUAUACUAUUCCGCUGUCCGAUUUGGAGUUUACAUUGAAAAAAGAUUAUGCCUUGAUGGAAAAUAUGGAACAACCGAUGAUUGUUAAGAAACAAUUAAGGGCUCUCAGCACAGAAAUAAGGUGCGAUAAAGGUGAAAAUAGGCAUCCAAUGACUAGAGAAGAAUCCAUUAAUCAAUUGAUCACUUGUAAUAGCCUGGAAGAAAAUGUUACAAAGGAAAUCAAUGAACAAGAGGAGCAAGUUUUGUGUUCAAUAGGAGUCAAUGAUUGCCGAUUUUAAUUGUAAAUCCCCCACCAACUGAUUAUCAACUGUAAAGAUUACCCCAUUUUUGUCAGAACUAAUGACAAAAUUAAUCACAAUUUAAUAAUAAAAGUAUAAAACGUUUCAUCUUGA